GGAGAGCAUCCGGUGGAGGCAGGAAAAAGGAAUCAAAGCCGCAUAACAAUAUCAGAGUCUGAGUGGAGCAUCAUCAGUGCUGACGUCCAGUUAUCCCCUCAGCGUCCACUUCCAAUAGAUGGGCUGUAAGCCGCUGCUCAGACAGACAGCAGAGAGGCAGAGCAGCGCGGAGGAGAGUCUCUCCUCUGUGAUUUCAAGUGGGACGCGGCAGCUUUUAUUUUUUUCCUCCUCUCAGAAGAAUUUUUCCUUUCAAGUCGUUCGACCAAGUGGGAACUCUGCUGCUGAGCACAAACACGGAGCUCACAAGGAAACGGGGUUUGUCUCUGAAGGCCCGUCGUGGAGCUGCCAUGGCCCGUUUGUGGUUCCCUGGACUCACCCUGAUGACCCUAACCCUCAUCCCUCAAUGGUCCCUGGGUUGUCCCUUUGGAUGCCGCUGCUACAGCCUCACAGUGGAGUGUGGAUCGCUGGGGAUCAAGGAAAUCCCACAGGGUGCCCCCUCCAUCACAGAGACGAUCUUCCUCCAGGACAACGCCAUAGUGCAGAUUCGUCUCCAGGACCUGAAUCGCCUGAGAAGCCUCCAUUAUUUGUACCUGCAGAACAACAGCAUCUCUGCCCUGGAGCCCGGGGCCUUUCUCAACCAGGGCCAGCUGCUGGAGCUGGCCCUCAAUGGAAACCUCAUCCACCUGGUCACCCCUGACAUGUUCCAGGGUCUGGAGCACCUCCGCAUCCUCUAUCUUGCCGGCAACCAGAUUACUCGCAUCCAGGACCACACCUUCAGGGGACUGCAGCGCCUGCAGGAACUACACCUGCAGGAAAACAGCAUAGAGCUGCUAGCAGAGCAUGCUCUGUCUGGCCUAUCAUCCCUGGCCCUGCUGGACCUCAGCAGGAAUCACCUCCGCACUCUGGGAGCCUCGUUCCUAAAACCUCUAGUCAGCUUGCAGGUGCUCCGUAUCACGGAGAACCCAUGGCGCUGUGAUUGCGCUCUCGGCUGGCUACGAACAUGGAUCGGCGAAGAUGGACAGCGCCUACUGAGUUCGGCAGAGCAGCGUCGACUGAUGUGUGCUGAACCUCCGCGUCUUUCUCACCUCAGCUUGGCAGAGGUGGCGCCUAACAGUCUGGUGUGUAUUCCGCCUGUGGUGCAGCUCGAGCCCAGCCACUUGACUGUACGACUUGGCGAGAGCCUCCGAGUGUCCUGCCAGGCCUCCGGAUAUCCUCAGCCUCAGGUGACGUGGAAAAAAGCUUCCCAUGGCAAGGCCCAGUUAUCACCUAGAGGUCUUUUCCAAGAGCUGGGACCCAAUGGGGAACUGUACCGUCCAGGGCCAGGUGGAGUGGUAACAGCCCUGCCCAGCAGUGGGGGGAUUAAGGUUGGAAGUGGCGGCGAAAUUCAAGGACUUGUGCGUGGGGCAGAGGAGGGCGGUGAAAGAGAUAGCUUUGACCCAGACAUGGGCAGCGGCAUGUUAUUCCUCAGCAAUGUGACUGUAGCGCAUGCUGGUCGUUAUGAAUGUGAGGCGUGGAACCCAGGUGGUGUGGCUAGGGUUACAUUUCACCUGGCAGUCAACAUGUCUUCUUCCUCUUACUCAUCCCAGCUGUGGCCUCGUUUGAACACACACUCCUAUGUUUCUUCAUCGUCUAGCUCCUUCUAUCAGCCAGAAGUUCUGGAUGUUAGCCAGGAGCCCCUGUAUGAGCAGGAAAGCAUGGACUUCAAUGCUCUGGGUCCAGCCACACAGACUGCCAUCGCUAUUGGAAUCUCCCUUCUGGCUCUCACUGCUGUUCUUCUUCUGAUUAUGAUCUACACUCGUCACCAGCAGUAUCAAAAAGAGGACAAUGGCUCCUACUGUACCAGCAAAGAGGAGAGCAUCCUUUACGUGAAUGACUACUCUGAUGGACCAACGACCUUUGCGCAGUUGGAAGAGUACCGUGAUGACCACGGCCAUGAGAUGUAUGUACUCAACCGAACCAAGCCUGUCAUGGGCUCUACUACAUCAAGGUGUCAAAUGAUGAGCGGCUUUGUCCAGCAGAAGGGAAUGAAAGAAGCUCUUCUGGAUCACGAAAUGGUGCAGACACUGACGCGAUCGGCGGGAAUUGGGUUUUGCAGAAACCUAGCAGAAGGUGGAGAAGGGCCGCUAACGGCAGGUCCAGAAGAUCUGCUUCUCAGCCAGAGCCUUCUGUUUGGGUCCCAGGUGGCGUACGAGAUUCACUGCUGAAGGAUAUUUAAUGGGUGAAACUAAAUAUUAAAGGACUUAAAGACUUUAACAAUGAUCUUGCUGUAACAAUUUAAAGUGUCAGAUUUGUAUCUGACUUUAAAAAAGAGACACUCAGAUAGUGAAUGCAGAGGGAAAACUGGAUCACUUCCAUCUUGUCAAAGAGCCUCUUCUAAUUGAUUGUGUGACAAAAAGAUGGGACACAGGACUGGACAAUGAUAAUUACAGGAAAAAAAAUCUACUGUCCCGUGGUUUUUAUUCAUCCAUACAAACCCUUUAAGGAUAAUUACAAGUGGCUAACUUCAUCAGAAUAAGUUGAUAUAACAGUUAAACAAGAUGCUAAGAAAAGAGGCCCAAACAGUGCAGUUUGUGGUUGUAAAAAUGUCAGUGGUUAGUGAUGAAUAUUUUCUUUAAAUGUAUUCCUUUAAGUUUCAGUUUAAGUAUGUUAUCUCUGAGUACGACAAAGUUAAUUUUUUGUAAAGUGCAGCUUUUUUGCGGACCCUGUUACAAAUUUCAAUUAGAAUUAGAUCUACAACAAUCGUCUUUUGGAAGCUGCAGCAUCAGCUGAAUACGUUGAGUGACUGUGUGUUGCCAGAGGGAUUAAAGGGGUCCAACAUGGUA